AUGCCGCACCUUGAAACGGAGAUGAAGCUGGAUUUUAAGGACGUGCUGAUCCGACCGAAACGAUCAGCGCUCUCCAGCCGUGCUCAGGUCUCCAUCGACAGGGAGUUUGUGUUUCCCAACUCCAAGCAGGUCUGGACAGGGACGCCCAUCAUUGCAGCCAACAUGGACACCGUGGGCACCUUUGAGGUCGCUGCAGUACUGGCCAAGCGAAAAUGGUCUGCCAUCGGCUUGAUCAGUUCCUUGGGCUUGUUCACCCCGACCCUGACUGGGCCUCUGGUGGGCUUCGCUGCCGACGCGCUGGCGCCCGAGCAGCGGCACCGGCUCUUCGCGGGUGUGGCGCUUCUGAAAUCGACAUUGCAGCUGGCUGCGUGGCCAGCGCUGGCAGAUGCCCCAAGCAGCAGGGCAUACUGGUGGAUCUUCAGUUGCAUGUGUUUGCAGGCAGCCUGUUCCCAGGGAGGAAUGCUCACAGAGAUCACGCUCCGAUUUGUUGGAAAGGAGACCUAUGGGAAGGUGCGCCUUUGGGGUGGCAUCGGCUUUGCCUCCGGCUCGCUGCUGACGGGGCUCCUGGCACAUCACCUCGGCUACAGCAUCGUUUUCCUCGAGAGCAUGUUCGUGGGUGUGGCCUUGGCAACGUCCGUCUUCUGCCUAGCUCACGCCUCCGUCUCAGCCGCUCCGGGCUCGGAGAUGCUCCAUGUGGCGGCUCCGUCGGAGCCAACGUCGGAGCGGUCCAGGAGACCGUCGACCAAAGAACUCCUGAGAUUUCUCCUGACUCCUCGCGUGGCGGUGAUGCUGAUCAUUGUGGUAGCGAUGGGAUUCUGUGAGGGCAUCAUGCAGACCUACACCUAUGUCCGUCUCCAAGAACUUCCUUAUGGAUCCUCAACAAUCAUGAGCUUGAGCGCUGUAUGCAUGAUCAUCUCGGAAGUGCCGUUCUUCUAUUUUGCCGAUCCCAUCGUCCGACGCUUUGGGAUCAUGCCCAUCUUGAGCUUCUCCCUUCUGUGCUCCGCCCUACGGCAGGGCUGGAUCUCCUUCCUUUGGGAUGCUCGUUGGGUUCUUCCAGGCGAACUGCUUCAUGGCAUCACCUUCUCCAUUGCCAAUGCGGCAGUGACCUUGAGCGCUCAUGACCUCGCGGCGGGCACGCGCUUCGAGACGACGAUGCAGUCAGUCAUCGGCAGCUGUUGGGUGGGCAUCGGCCAGGGCAGUGCCUCCUGGGCGGGUGGACUGGUCUUGCACCACGCGGGGCCUGUGGCGCUCUUUCAGGCCUCUGCCUUGCUGGCACUUGUCUCAUCCCUCUUGCCGCUGGGCCUGGCUCUUUGCGACCGCCAGCGGCCACGCUGCGACGCGGACGACAGGUCCAUUUUGGUCGGUGAAGACCCAACGGUCAACGGAGGACUUCUGAACCGCCGAGUCGGCGGAGGCAUCACAGCGAUUCACAAGCACUACACCGUGGAGCAAUGGAAGACGUGGGCUGAAGGCCCUGGGAAAGAGAUCCUGGGCUUCGUGGCGGUGAGCACCGGGAUCCUCGACAAGGACAUGGAGAAGCUCGCUCAGAUUCUCAAAGCCGUGCCAGGUGUGAACAUGAUCUGCAUCGACGUGGCCAACGGCUACUCCGAGGCCUUCGUGCAAUGCAUCAGAGAAGUGCGAAAGACCUACCCCAAGGUGACCAUCAUGGCAGGGAAUGUGGUGACCAAGGAGAUGACGGAGGAAUUGAUUUUCAGCGGUGCCGACGUGAUCAAGGUGGGAAUCGGCCCCGGAAGCGUGUGCACCACGCGGAAGCAGACAGGCGUCGGCUACCCACAGCUCUCUGCAGUCUUGGAAUGCGCAGAUGCGGCACAUGGUCUCGGCGGGCGAAUCGUCUCGGAUGGCGGGCCACUGGGCGACCAGCCACGCGGGCACCGGGCGGAACGCUCCAUCGCCAUGCGCACGGAGCCGUGA